AUGGCGGUGACCGUUGCACUCACUCUCUCUCUCACUCAGCAAAGGAAGAAAAUGGCGGGAGUGACUUGCCAGAUAUCGAUCAGCUCAUCGGCGACUGUAAGGAGGGUUGGUCAUCAUCGGCCGCGAUGCUUCUCUGGUUCGCCGGAGAAGAAAACGCCGGCUGUUUUGAAAUGGGCGGUUGGCGGAGUCACUGAAUUGCUUCGGCUGUUCUCCGUAUCUUCUUCUUCCUCCAUCUCUACAAAUAAGGAUAGAUCAAAUUCUGUGGUUACAGCUCGAGAUGUUGAUGAUGUGAUGGGGAUUUUGAGAUCAGAUUAUGGAAAUGCUUAUUUCGUCACAGGAAUCUUCACUUCUGAAAUUUACUCGGAUGAUUGUAUCUUUGCGGACCCGACAAUCAGCUUUCAGGGUACAAAGUUGUAUGAACGCAACUUACGAUUACUGGUUCCAUUCCUGGAAGAUGCAUCCAUUGAACUGCAAAAUAUGGACAAGAGUGAGUCAUCCCAAAGAGACUAUAUAACGGCGACGUGGAAGCUAAGGACUUAUCUGAAAUUCCCAUGGAGACCGUUGAUAUCAAUCGACGGAAGUACGGUCUAUGAACUCGAUAGAGACUUCAAAAUUGUGAGGCAUGUGGAGAGCUGGAGUGUCUCUGCGGUCGAAGCAAUCAGGCAGAUAUUCAUCUAA